AUGCAUACCCGAAAUAGAGCAGAGGCAGUGCAACUGCAAUAUAUACUAUACAUAGCCAGGCAGCUUCAAGGAGCUUAUCAUCUGGCGCGGGCGCGGGUGCACAUUCGAUCGUCAUCAGCGUCCCAAUAUCGCUCGAGCGCGGCCUUGCAGCUCCUUGCAGCGUGCAGAUAUGGGUGCAGACAGGCAGAUACGGGCACAGCCACCGAAUGUCUUGGGGUCGAUGACGCUCGCCUGUCCGAAAAGCUUCGACCCAAUGGUAUCGAAGAAGAAUCGCGCGAGCCGCGUAUCGUACCCCUGUCACGCCAUGCACGAUACAGGCCGCCGCGUGCCCGACCCAGCCGCCCAUCUGAGUCAGGUACUUACUUGCCACGCACGGGGCCCCCGCCAUCGGCGAGGCAAAAUACGCGUCCGCGGCUAGUGAGCAUUAGUCACGCGAACCAGAAGGUUCGGAACUGCGCGGGUGGCACGCGGCGUCGCGGUGCAUCGCAGGCGCAAGGGGAUACGGAGCGACGGAAGCACGGAAACGCCACCGGAGCAGUGGAGAACAAUGAAACAAAGUGUGGCUGGUUGAUAGGGGGUCUCCGCGCAGGCUUCUCAGAAGUCAGUCGUCCACGCCCCGCCAGGACUCCCACGCACGCCCCCCGGCGAGUGUGGCGUCUCGCCACCGCGCGCGCGGACGCCGGUCUUGGGCUUCGGAUUGACGAGAAGCGGGAGGUCAAAGGAGCCCGAACGGACAGACGGGCGGCCGGGCGGGCGCGCGGGGCAGAAGUCCGGGACACCGAAAGCGAGCUGGCGAUCGCACCGCGCAUGGAGCCGGUGGGGGACGAGACACCCGGAGACUCCACACCACGCAUUCGCAAACGUUCGAUCCAGCGCACAGCGAGCCCAACUGCAUACGACACGGUAUCCCCGCACCUUGCAGCGGUGCAGCGAGCUAGCAAGAAGGCGCCGAGGAAGGAAACCCCCAGGGCCAGCCAGCGAGCGUCGUCGCGCGAGCCACAGCGGGACCGCGCGCUCGGCGCCCGACGUAGGCGGAGGCUUUCGUGGGCGCAGGCGUGCGCCCACGGGUGGGCUGCGCGCGAGGGGAGGGGGCGGCAAAAUGCAGGACGGGAUUGGAGGGAGCGCAUAGGACGAGACAGGACACGGCGCAGGCUCGUGCGUGCGUCGUCUCGUGGAGUCAUCGCACAGAGACGCGCGGGCGUGGGAGCGUGGAUGGAGGCGGGUGCAUGGAAGCCACGGCCGUCGCAGGGUCGCGGCGGCACGCACGAACGAGCGCAUGCAAAAGCGGCGGUCGCGGUUCACCCGCUGCCAGAGCGCGUCGCGGUCCGAACCCAGUGCGGUCGCGGUCGCGGUUCGGCGCCUCCUCCUCGUCCGCCUUUGUCUUCGUCAUCGUCAUCGUCUUCGUCGCGAUCGCGGUCGUGGUCGUGGUCGUGGGCGUGGGCGUCUUCGGCACCGCGUCGGCAUCGGCACGCCCAUAUCCAGUCGGGCGUGAGAGGCGUAUCAUUGUCCGCGUCUGCAUCUAUGUCCUUUUGGCAUGGCAUGAGCUCGCGCAAAGACGUGGACGCAGACACAGACACAUACAUGGACGUAGAAACGAGAGGCAAGACGCAAGACGCAAGACACAGACACAGACACAGACAACAGACAUGCAACGCACAAACGUGGGCGCAAACCUCGCCGCGCUUCGAAAACAGCGGGCUCGCAGAGGUCUCCCGAUCGGGAUGCCGCUGGCGAAGUGCUGCUGGAGGUAGUGCCAGUACGGCAUCUGGCAACGCGACACUUCGCAUUCACGCACUCAGAAGGGCUGAAGAAGGCUGA